GCUGUGACAGCCAACCUCCAAUGUGCUCAUUCAGUGGCUAUCGAGAGCGGUCGUUAUUGCACCUGCUUCGGUAGUGGUCGUUGGGCAGCAUCCAUCCGGUUCGCGCGAGAAGACCCUGAGAGUGACUAAACUUUAAAGACCAGAAGAGAUAAUUCAAACGUCAUGGACGUAAGGCUGCAUCUGAAGCAAUUUGCUUUACUGUGUUUUAUCAGCUUGCUUCUGACGCCUUGUGGAUUAGCCUGUGGUCCUGGUAGAGGUUAUGGAAAACGAAGACACCCAAAGAAAUUAACCCCGUUGGCUUACAAGCAAUUCAUCCCCAACGUUGCCGAGAAAACGCUUGGAGCCAGCGGCAAAUACGAAGGCAAAAUCACAAGGAAUUCAGAGAGAUUUAAAGAGCUGAUUCCGAAUUAUAAUCCCGAUAUCAUCUUUAAGGACGAGGAAAACACAAACGCUGACAGGCUGAUGACCAAGCGCUGUAAGGACAAGUUAAAUUCGUUGGCCAUAUCCGUCAUGAACCACUGGCCCGGCGUGAAACUGCGCGUCACUGAAGGCUGGGAUGAGGAUGGUCACCAUUUAGAAGAAUCUUUGCACUAUGAGGGACGGGCAGUGGACAUCACUACCUCAGACAGGGAUAAAAGCAAGUAUGGGAUGCUAUCCAGGCUUGCAGUGGAGGCAGGAUUCGACUGGGUCUAUUAUGAAUCUAAAGCCCACAUACACUGCUCUGUCAAAGCAGAAAAUUCAGUGGCUGCUAAAUCAGGAGGAUGUUUUCCUGGGUCUGGGACGGUGACACUUGGUGAUGGGACGAGGAAACCCAUCAAAGAUCUUAAAGUGGGCGACCGGGUUUUGGCUGCAGACGAGAAGGGAAAUGUCUUAAUAAGCGACUUUAUUAUGUUUAUAGACCACGAUCCGACAACGAGAAGGCAAUUCAUCGUCAUCGAGACGUCAGAACCUUUCACCAAGCUCACCCUCACUGCCGCGCACCUAGUUUUCGUUGGAAACUCUUCAGCAGCUUCGGGUAUAACAGCAACAUUUGCCAGCAACGUGAAGCCUGGAGAUACAGUUUUAGUGUGGGAAGACACAUGCGAGAGCCUCAAGAGCGUUACAGUGAAAAGGAUUUACACUGAGGAGCACGAGGGCUCUUUUGCGCCAGUCACCGCGCACGGAACCAUAAUAGUGGAUCAGGUGUUGGCAUCGUGCUACGCGGUCAUUGAGAACCACAAAUGGGCACAUUGGGCUUUUGCGCCGGUCAGGUUGUGUCACAAGCUGAUGACGUGGCUUUUUCCGGCUCGUGAAUCAAACGUCAAUUUUCAGGAGGAUGGUAUCCACUGGUACUCAAAUAUGCUGUUUCACAUCGGCUCUUGGCUGCUGGACAGAGACUCUUUCCAUCCACUCGGGAUUUUACACUUAAGUUGAGACUGCUGCUGUACAUUAUCACUAUGUGGGACUCAAAUGUAUCUUUAUUUUCUGUAAGAAAAGCCUUAAAGUGUUCAUUGAAUAAUUUAUUUCUAUUGGAUCACCUGUCUCUGGAAACGUACCCACCAAUUCAAGCAUGAUGUGACCGUUUUUGUGUGCGCAUUUUGUGAAACAUACAAGAGAUUAUAUGAGAUAUGAGAAAGCGCAGGGCUGUGCAGUGUGCAGCGCUCUAUUUUAUCGGAUAACCAUAAAGGAUGGCGCUCAAAAGUUAUAUUUUUGUACUCAGAUUUGUAUAUUAGAUUUUUGAUGGCUCUAAAAGCAUUUCCAGUAUCACAUUUCGUUAUUUGAAAUAGUGCAAAGUAAGCGUAUUAAAUUUAUGUAAACACUUGGGGAUGUAUCAAUGAACUGUUCAGGGUCAUUAUGUUUAGAUAGCCUAUGUCAAGUGGCAUUGUUUUGACAAACGGGUGUGUAUUCAUUACACUAACAGUUUUUUUGUUUAAAUGUACAUUUCUUGACAGAUUACUCAAAAUAAAUCCAUAGUACGCAGUG